GUCCGCAGCAGGUUCGGGAGUAGGUGCGGCCGGUGCAGCCGAGGACCGUGACUCUGCCGGCCAUGGAGUUCGACUGUGAGGCCGUGAGGCGGCUGCUGGGCAAGUACAAGUUCAGGGAUCUGACCGUCGAAGAGCUGAAGAAUGUGAGCAUGUUCUUCCCGCACUUCAGAUACUCCAUGGACACCUACGUUUUCAAAGAUACUUCCCAAAAAGACCUGCUGAACUUCACUGGUACUAUUCCUGUGAUGUAUCAGGGUAAUACGUACAACAUACCCAUUCGCUUCUGGAUUUUGGAUUCUCACCCUUUUGCUCCACCCAUUUGCUUCUUGAAGCCAACUGCAAACAUGGAAAUCUCAGUUGGAAAACAUGUGGACGCCAAAGGCAGAAUAUACUUGCCCUAUCUCCAAAACUGGAGCCAUCCUAAAUCUGUCAUUGUUGGAUUAAUUAAAGAAAUGAUCGCCAAGUUUCAAGAGGAACUUCCUCUUUAUUCGGUGCCAUCAUCCAACGAAGCGCAGCAGGUCGACUUGCUAGCCUAUAUUGCAAAAAUCACUGAAGGUGUCUCAGACAUAAAUUCAAGGGGCUGGACAAAUCAUGAGACUAAAAUAGCAAAUAAAAUUACUGUGGUCGGAAGUGGAGAUUUGGGAAUUGCCUGCACAAUGGCAAUUUCAGCAAAGGGCAUUGCAGACAAGCUGCUCCUUUUAGACCUCUCCGAUGGGACUAACCAAGGAACGAUGGACCUUGAUAUCUUCAACCUACCUAAUGUAGAGAUCAGUAAAGAUUUGUCUGCCUCUGCUCAUUCCAAGGUGGUGAUCUUCACAGCCAACUCUUUGGGUGGUUCUGAAUCCUACCUUCAUGCUGUGCAAAGCAAUGUGGACAUGUUCAGAGCUCUUGUCCCGGCUCUGGGACAUUACAGUCAACAUGCUGUCUUGCUUGUUGCAUCUCAACCAGUGGAAAUCAUGACCUAUGUGACAUGGAAGCUGAGCACAUUUCCCGCAAAUAGAGUGAUUGGGACUGGAUGCAAUCUGGACUCACAGAGAUUACAAUACAUUACUACGAAUGUUUUGAAGGCACAGACUCCAGGCAAAGAAGUAUGGGUUAUUGGUGAACAGGGAGAAAACAAAGUGUGCUCAUGGAGUGGCCGAGACGGGGUAAUGAGUCAUAGCUCUCUGGCACAGCUGUCCAGCAGAGCCAUGGAACUGUUGAGGGUAAAGGGUCAGAGAUCUUGGUCUGUUGGACUGUCUGUGGCUGACCUGGUGGACACUAUUGUAAACAAUAAAAAGAAAGUGCACUCUGUAUCAACUCUUGCAAAGGGAUGUCAUGGUUUAGAUAAUGAAGUGUUUUUAAGUUUGCCGUGCAUCCUGGGAACUGGGGGAGUAUCUGAGGUCAUCAAAACCACAGCAGGAGAAGACACAAUGACUGAGACACUCCAGAACAGUGGAUCUUCAAUCCACAGCCUCCAGCAACAGCUGAAACUCUGACGCUCGAGUGCAGUCACCUGAAGGGGGAAGCUUAUUUAAUUUUGCCAGCACACACAGUUUUGGCAACUUCCACAACUUGGCAUUUCACAAACAGCCUUUAUAGUAGACGACGUCUUAAUUAGCUUUAUAAUUUGAAUCCUUGAGAAGUUAGAGAACGGGAAAGGAUCUGAUUUCUUUUGGAGUUUUUGACACACCUAUAUUGUUGUUUAAAUCGCACGUCCUAACUUCGGCACACCUAGCACUUUAGAGAUGUUCUGAAAUACGUGCACUCCGUAAAGAGUCUCACUGGACACUCAUUCUGAGCAUGGUGAGCUGAAGGUGGGGUGGGCACCGAGCCUGUGGCAGGUGUACAUUCAGGGACUCCUAGCUUCACGGGUCUAUUUGCUUCUUCUGCAACAUCCCAUUGAUGGUAAUGGCAAAGCGUUUUGUUUUCCUUCUUCAAGUUCACUUGCAUUGGAAAGGAUUUUAGUAUGCAUUUAAAUUGGUUAAAUGGAAUUUUAAAUAUAUGAAAAAUAAUAUAUGAUUUAAUUUCUAAUGACACUUCCUUUCUGAAAAUUUCUAGAAUAACCUCUUCUUGGGCUAAAAGAUCUCAAAUGUAUCUUAAAAUUGUAUUAGUAGAAAAGGAGAGAUGCAUGUUUCUGUGGCCAUAGGUAAUGAGUAACAGCCAAGCAGUAUAUUUUGAAAGCAAAAUGUGAGGCUUUUAUAAAAAAAAAAAAAAUUGUUCUUAAAUUGGUCGUCUGCUUCCAAGCGAGCCUUAGUCACCCCAGAA